UCUCCACAGAGCUCCAAGGACCCUUCAGAUGAAGAGUCAACCCAGUUGAAUAGCGAUCUUCCAUUCUCCUGCACAGCUAGACAGCCACAGUUGCCUCGACAAUUCAGCACACCCCAGAGCAACUCGCUAAUCAUGAAUAUCCUGGGGGGAAGCACCUCUGUCAGAAACAUCUGGACUGACCAUCAGAUCAGGCAGGCAUUAUUUCCCAGCCGGCGUCCACCUUAUGAGAAUGAAGAUGAUGAAGAUGAUUACCAGAUGUUUGUACCAUCAGUGUCUACAUCCAAUGCUAGUUCAGCCGUUGGUGGAGAAAGGAGGGGUUCUUCUGGGCGUCCAUGCAGCUGGCACCUGGGGGUAAUGCAUCAAAAUGAGACUUCCAGCCCCACUCGUCACAAAAUUGUUAGGCGGGCCAGUAGUGCUGGUGAGAGUAACAUGUGUCCAGCCGGUGCAAGGUAUAAAAUCGGGGAGCGCAGUUCUCGAAGGGAAGUGAAGAGAGCAGAGGUGAGCAGUAUGAAUGCGUAUCCUGAAUCUUCAGAGGAGCUGACCAUCGAUGAUAUUGAACAUGUUUAUGAUAAUAUAAGCUAUGAAGACUUAAAGCUGAUGGGUCUUACAAGAAGGGAGGAGACAGACCGUGGUCCCCAGAGGUCUGCUAGAGACUCUCUCUAUGAGGCCGACAACAAAAGCAACUUAGAUUCACCCUCCAAAAAGAGGACAGCAAAUCAAAACCGGGCGUCCAUUCGUGCUAGUAGGGAUGAGAUACUACUCAGCAGAGAAGCACCUACUUCAAGUUUGGAUGAGCUCAGGAUCGUUGAAGACAACAUCUAUGACACCAUAGUGCUUCCAGAAACUCCACUAUUGAAUUUUAAAUGUGACCCCUUAAAAUGCUCUAAAAGGCGGAGUUUUCUGGGCCUGGAAAAAGACUUUGCAUGUUGUGACAAUCUACGGCAGUUUGUUUCUGAAGAGAGUCUGCAGUUCAGUGAAGAUGAAAGUCCUUACCAUCGUGUUCCUGUCGACAAUGACUACUUGAGCUUAGUAGAUAGCUCCUCCAACUCGGAUUCACUCUCCCAUAAGUCUGCAGCAGAUAAACUCUCGGAGGAAGUAGAUGAGAUUUGGAAUGACCUGGAGAACUACAUCAAGAAGAAUGAGGAAAAGACAAGGGAUCGUCUCCUUGCAGCCUUUCCUGUUUGUAAAGAUGAUCUGCAGGAAAGGUUGCAUGCUGGUAGUACACCUGAACUCAGUAAAGAUGUAGAGUACUCACUGUCUACUCUCUCUCUGCCAGAAACUCCUAUUUUCCCUAAAACUGUGAAGCCCAGGGCUGCCACCUUAAGCGAGGCUAAUCUCAGGCUUGAAGACACUACACCGUGCAAGGAGAACUCUUUUAUGAGUCUGAACAGAUCUUCUUUCUCCAGUGAGAUGCCUUUUGUAGAUAGCCCAUAUGAAUCUGCCAAUAGUGUUCUGUCCAACGCACAUACAGAGGGCAUGGAAAAUGACUUGGCUGUUGUGGAUAAAACAAAGAACAGAGUUUUUAUGAUGGCAAGGCAGUACAGUCAAAAAAUUAAGAGGGCUAACCAGCUUUUGAAAGUUAAAAGUCCAGAGCAGGAACAGCCAGCUAGCAGACAGCAAAAGCUGAAACACAAAGAUCUUGCUGCUAUUCUGGAGGAGAAGAAACAAGGUGGUCCUGCUAUUGGUGCCAGAAUAGCUGAAUAUUCCCAGCUUUAUGACCAAAUCGUCUUCAGAGAAAGUUCACCUAAGGUCCAAAAGGAAGCCUGGGCCACCCCUCAGGAGCCGUCAGCUGGGAGGUAUUCCACGCCCGUAGCUGCGUCUCCUCCCCGUUCCCAGGCUGACAGCGAAUGCUCAAGAGCAGAGGAUUGGCUUUUGCAUUCUACAUACAGUAACGGUGAGCUGGCCGACUUCUCUCCGUGGUCUGAAUCCCAAGACCCAAAGUCCAAAAGCUCGUAUACAGAAGCUGGUACAAAAAGCAAUUCAAGGCAGUUGCCAUCAGCUGGCUCGGUGCCUUCCCUUCAGAUUUCUAACCGUUUGCAUGUCCCAGCACAGAGGUGGAGCGCCAUUAUAAGCCAACCCAACAAAGAAAAUUUACAUCAAGAUCACAUCUAUAACUCCCUUGGGAGAAGAGUAAGCAAUGUAAAACCACAGGUGUACAGCAGGUCGCAGUCAUCUUCCUCAAUUGUGGUCAACAGGUCUGGAGAAGCAAUCAUAUAUCCUAAUGAAAUGGACAAGAAAAAGCACCAUUUGAAUAGGAACCUCCGAUUCAACAGCCAUCAAACGCCGGGUGUUGCUUCGGGAUGUACAGGGCCUGACAUGCGAAAGCAGAUCCCCGAAAACUGUUCAGAUAUGAUUCUGCAGGAUUCUCAAAAGGUCCUGAGGGUGAACAGGGCCUCCCCUCUGACGGCACAGAUGGCCACUCAGAACUAUUUUUCUAAUUUCAAAGAUACUGAAGAAGGAGAAGAGGAUGAUGAUGACUAUGUUGAAAUAAGGUCUGAAGAUGAGGGAUCUGACUUGGAGACCUCUCAGAACCAAACAAGGAAAUCGGAUCCUAAACCGCGUAAUGCAGACGCUGCUCCUUCUGAAACGCUCUGUGGCAAAACUGUCUCUUGUACUCCUGCAAAGUCUGCCAGCAACAAACACACGCUUACCCCGUAUCUGACUGCAUAUAGCGAUUCGGACAAACUGAACGACUACCUGUGGAGAGUACCAUCUCCAAAUCAGCAGAAUAUUGUCCAGUCUUUAAGGGAAAAGUUUCAGUGUCUCAGUUCAAGUAGCUUUGCUUGA